AUGUCCUACACCUCAUACUCAGAUGCGCGGAUGUCGCUUCACUCUAAGGGCUUUAAGCCUAAGCCCCGCAGAUCAAUGAGACCACCCGACCGGGAAAUCGCCCUUCGCAUAGAAUCCAUCGUUCCUGCCAAGACGACUCUCGUGCUCAAGCCAAACGGGAAUGCUCGGUCUGUCGCUGCAUACACAAUCACCACGGAAGACGAAGAGACCGUAUACACAGUGUCCGGUCGCAAAUAUGGCGAUCGCGUCUGUCGCGAAUUCCACGACGCCUCGGGCCUGCCUUUGUUCGAACUCCAUACCAAGGUUCUACUCGGUCGACCUUAUUCAUGGUUUAUCACGAUGCCUGGAGGUGGUAAUAUCAAACUCGCUGAGGGAGAACCGCGAUGGGGAGGUAACAACAAAAGUAUGAAGUUCUCGUUUCGAAAUAUGGCGGCGAACGAUACGAAGCGCGAUGACGAUAAGGAUAUGACCCUUCUUGUGUCGCCAUGUGGCGAUGUUAUGGCUAGAUACGAUAUUAUCGAUGGAGAUAGGAGGAUUGCUGGGGUUUAUGAGAGUAUCCAUCAUAAUAACACGUUGGCUCUGCUGCCUAAGUCACGGCGCAAGAAUCUUCGACCUGCUAUGGACUUACCGAUUGUGGCUGGUGUGGAUUCCUCCUUGGUGGCUGCGAUUGCAAUUAUCAUGUUCGAAUGGACCUAUGGAGCAGAGUAA